AUGCCGUGUCCCCGCUGCAGGCACGUCUCCAGGGAGGAGGACCCCAAGUUCUGCAGCAACUGUGGCCUGAGGCUGCAGCCUGCCGGCCCACCAGGGUCGGAGCGUGCCCGGUCCCUGGCGGCCGCGGGCCCCGAGGGAGCACUGGAGGGAGGGCAGGAGCUGAAGGAGGAAGCCGGCACCGCCUCAUCCCUGCGCGCCGGCGACUGGCAGGGAGACCCCGACGAGCCCUCCUCGGACUCCUCCUGGACCACCCAGAGGAGCAAGAAGAAGAGGAGGAAAAAGAGCAAGCGGGAGUCUGUGUCCAUGGGGCCCGAGUCCGGCUCCCUGCCGCCCGCCCGCCGACAGCCGGACACCAAGUCCCUCCCAGCCACCCCCCUGGGUUGUGCCAGCGCCCCUCAGGGGACAGAGCCCUGCGCUUGGGGAGACACUGGCCAGGAAGGGAACCUCCCGGGAACGACGGAGCUGAAGGAACCCGGGCCGGCCCCCUCCCAGGAUGAAGGCCCCCUGCCUGAGGGCGCCAGCCUGAGCCCCGCUGCCCCCGGGGGCGGCCCCAGGAAGGAUGCAGCUGCCCCGGAGCCUGAGCGGAAGGGGGGCAGCCCUGCACCCCGGGAAGAGCCACAGGCUAAUGUUGAGGCCACAGUAGUACCGGCCAGUCCAGAGACAGAGACACUGCCUAGGGGAGAAGUGAGAGGACAGACUCAGAGCACUAAAGAGCCCCCAGUGGGCACCCCCGAAGCCCAGGAACACCGCCAGGAAGUGCAAAGAGAGCCCGGAAGGGCCAAAGCCAAGGAGAGGUCAGGGCAGAGGGGCGGAGCAGACCCAGAGGCCCCGAAGCAGCAGCCAGCCGAGGCCGGGGGUGGUGACGGUGGGCCAGGGCCAGCGGCGGAAAAAGCCAAGAAGGCGCAGUGCCCCAAGAAAGCAGAGGCGCCCCCGGUGCCCGACAGCUCGCUGAGCGCGGAGGCCGGCGUGACCGUGUACUUCCACGCCAUCCUUUCGAAGGACUUCGCCUUCAAUCCUGACCACCACAGAGUCGUCAUCAGGGGCGGGAGUCAGUUUGGGGGGCCGGAGUGGAAGCGUGAUGUGUGUGAGAUGUACUGUAGCCGGCACUUAGAAGGCCACGGCUUCCUGGUGGAGGGCAGCACCGUCCUUGCACGCCGUUACCUGGACAAAUCUAUCCCUUACAAGUACGUGGUGGUGCGGGGCCCAGGCUCUGCAGAGCACGAAUUUGAGUUCAUCUACAAGCCGGCGAAGAAGAUCGUGAACCGCUGUCUGGUGGUGAAGUCGGACCUGCUGGGCUCGGGAGACUGGCACCAGUACGACGACAUCAUCUGCAAGAAGAACUCGAUGUGGAAGAGCGUCUCGAACAUGUUCACCAACAGUCAGCUGAAGGACGUGGUGAAGGGGAAGCAGCUGGCGGCGGCCAAGAUGCUGGAGAGCGUGUUCAGCGUCCUGGGGGCCUGGAGCGCGGCCAACAUGGCGGCCUUCUCCUGCCAGCUGCAGCAGCUCCUCCACGUGCUCCGCCGGCCCAUGGUCUACGACGACGAGGGCCCGAAGCUGUGGGCCGACCUGGAGUACAGGGACAAGGAGGUGACGUGGCAUCUGUGGUGGGUCCUGAGGGAGAAGCUGAGGGCAGCCCUGGACGGCACGGCCCUGCCCCAGGGCUGGCCCUCGAGCCUGCUGCAGGUGGGCCUCCUGGCGCUAGCCUUGGAGCAGGAAUUCCAGCUGCCUGUGACUGAGGAGGACCUGGGCCUGCUGUGCCGGUGCCUGUGCUCCGCCCCCGCCGCAGACGCCGCCCCCGCCACAGACGCCGCCACCACCCUGCGCAGCUGCCCGGCCCCCCGCUUCAGAGACUCGCGCAGCUGGGAGAGCUACCUGGCCAACCUGUGCCAGAGCUGCAAGAAUGCGGGCGUGCAGCUGUGGGUAUGCGUGCUCCCCCUGCUGCACCUUGCCGCGCCCCAGGCCCCGCCCGAACCUGGCUUCGAGAACCAGUCGGAGGCUGCCUGGGCUGGUCUUAAGGACAUCAGCUUCUCAGCUUCUCGGGAGAAGAAACCGGAACAGAGCAAGUUACUGGAGCUGAUGGGGAGACACGAGCACCUGCUGGCGGGGGACCCGCUCCUCUUGCGCUCCUGGUUCAGCCUGCUGCCCCUGGACCAGCUGGACCCCUUCAUGGGCCGCUUCCGAGACCACCUGAGCCGCUCCCCGGCCGCGCUGCUCGACUGCCUGCAGGGAACCUACUUCCGGCUCUGCAGGCGCCAGGAAGCCUGUUUCGAGGGGCUGCCUUCGGAGAGCAUUGAGGCUAUUUUGAAGAAGCUCUUGCACCUUCUGGAAAAUCUUGAGAACAAGACCCUCAGGGAAACCUUGGCUGCCUCCUACCUCUCCGUGGCCCUCAAGCUUCACAGAAGUGUCUGUGAGAGGACCAAGAGACCGGCCCUCUACAAGCUCCCCGCCCUGUCUGCACAGCUGGUCUGCAGUGUCGUCGUGCUGAAGCAAGCGGGGGACUCAGCAUUGGGCCAAGAAGGGGCAUCUGGGGACAAUUCUGUGACAACCGUUGUGCAGGAGACGCAGGCAGCGACAAGAGAAUGGAUUGGCAGAAUGUUCCAGAAACCCAUGCUCGAGGUCUCGAAGUUCACUGGGGUCAGGUUCACCUACCAGGAGGAGGUUAAGGUCUGGACGGAGCUGGUGGACGUGGGCUUCCCCGCCGAGUUUGGCUGGCAGGAGGCCCUGCUGGGGGACAUGGAAGGGCGACUGAGGCAGGAGAAGCCUCAUGCCCAGAUCUUGACCUUCUGCAGCCCCGCCUGGGACUCUGUGGGCACUGCCAGCAGCGUGGCCAAGCGUGUAGAAAAAUGCGCCAUUGAGGCCGUGAACUCUGCCUGCCAGUCCCAGGCCAGCGUGCUGGAUGGGCUGUCGUGUCGGGACCAUCACAAACUCAACACGCUGCUGUCAGCCGUGGUCACAGCGUCCUGGCCCCGGUGCCAGGGCACCGCCACUGAGGAGCCGGACAAGGUUCUGAAGCACCUGCUCACCUUCCCGGAUGCCCUGCACGUCUUCAGGCUGCUCGACUCUGGGGACACCCUCAGGAACAUCUCCAGCGAGGCCGGGAAGCUGAUGGCCACGGCCAGAUCCGUGUUGAGCAGGACUGUCAGCGACCUCAGGUCCGGGGCCAUCAGGCUCGCGCAGCUGGAGCUGACCCUUCAGCACGAGGCGCGGUUCCUGGACAUCUGGCAGAUACAGAGGAAGCUGCCCACGGGCCAGGAGCAGCUGCCAGACCUGCAGUCGGUGCUGCGGUGGCGACGGGCCGAGCUCCGGCUCCUGGAGGAGGAGCGGGCCCGCAUGGGCAGCCUCCUGCAGCUGUGCGCCGAGGUGCAGUCUCUGGUCGAAGUGGACGUCAGUGACCUUGAAGAGAGACAUAGGGAGGACCUCAGUGAGCGCCAGCUGCUGAGCUUGGUGGUGGUGACUCAGGCCUCCACCGAGCCUGUGGGCCCCACGGGCACCAAGCAUUUCUGCCUGAGCAGCCGCGUCCAGGACAUGGCCGCCGAGAUGCACCUGCUCAGGGACAGUCACGUGUUCCACACUUUCUGGAGAGACGUCGCAGCUGAGCUGCACGACCAGUUCGAGGACGAGGACGAGGAUGAGGACGAGGACGAGGAUGAGAAGGAGGAGGAGUCGACACUUGUCCUCCAGCUGGAGGGGGCCUGUGACUUCUUGUAUCAGCCCUGCCGUGAAAAGUUCCAGAAACUCUACCAGGACCUGAAGUCAGGCGAGGUCACCUUUGGGGAUGUCCACCACAUCUUCCAAGACUUCAGGGACAAGUACACCGACCUGGCCAGCGACCUCAAACUCAUGUGUGUCCUAGACAGCUCGGACCCCGGGCACUGGGUCCCAGAGCGGGUGGAGCAAAUCCGAGAGUCCCAGCACCUGCACCAGGCCGUCCACUCGGCCCAGGUCAUCCUCAAGGUCAAGGACUGCCUGGGCCUGACCGGCGACUUCAGCGUUCUGCAGACCCUGCUGAAUUUCACGGACAACUUUGCUGAGUUCCGCCACAAGAAGCUGAAGGAGAUGAACCGCCAGUUCAUCCGGGCCCGGGGGCUGCUCCAGGGCAUGACUGAGCCCCAGCACCAGUGCCUGCAGGAGCUGAGUCUCAGGAAGGAGUUCGUCAGCUGGGUCAAGGACGCGCUGGAAGGUGGUGUCCCGGACCUGAAGGUGUUUGUGGACCUGGCGUCCAUCUCGGCCGGGGAGAACGACCUUGAUGUGGACCGCGUGGCCUGCUUCCACGAUGCUGUGCUGGGCUAUGCCUCGCUGCUCUUCAAGCUGGAGCCGGGCGCCGGCUUCCUGGAGUUCAUGGAGCAGCUGAAGGAGGUGUGGAAGGCACUGGAGAGUGACCAUCACCUGCCCCGGAAGCUGGGGGACUCAGCGCGGAACCUGGACUGGCUGAAGACGGUCAGGGAGAGCCACGGCUCAGUGGAGCUCUCGUCCCUGUCGCUGGCCAUGGCCAUCAACAGCAAGGGCGUGUAUGUGAUCGAGGCGCCUGCUGACGGCCGGGAGAUCUCCCCUGACACCGCGGUGCGCUUGUUCGUGCGUGAGAGCCACGGAGAGCGGGAGGAGGAGCGGGAGUGCUCCCUGGAGGAGCUCAGGGAGCUCCUGAACAAGCUGAUGCUGCUGUCGGGGCUGAAGGAGCACGGGGCCACCGAGGUGGAGCUGUUCUCCGAGGUGUUCAGCAAUGUGGAGAGGCUGGUGGCCGCGUUCACGCAGCUGCACGGCGCCGGCCACACGCUCUUCCGGGCCUGGAGGGCCGAGGUGCACUGUGGUGUCGGCGAGGGCGCUGUGCUCCUGGACUUCGGCGCGGGGCUGGGCGAGCUGGAGGGCCGAGGGCCGGUGGCGGGGCUGCUGGCGGGCGUGUGCCGGGAGCUGGAGGCCUUUCUGGAGCGCUGGCAGGACUUCGUGGCCGAGCAGCGGGCCCGGCACUUCCACCUCAACUUCUACACGGCCGAGCAGCUGGUGCUGCUGGGCUCGGAGCUGCGCCGGCAGCCGCCCAGCGCGGCCGCACUCACCCUGCUCGCCUUCCUUUGCGACGGCUGCACCCCCGGGGACGUCGCCAGGGCCUGCGCAGGGCUCGGGGGCCAGUCGGCCUUGUACCCCCGGGGCCCGGCCCUGGGCAAGCUCCCACCCGAGGCCGGCUUGGUGGCCCGGCUGCGGGGGCUCCUGGAGCAGUCCGUGGGGGGCGCCAUCCCACCCUCUGGCCUGUCCCUGGACGCCCUGGGCCGCUGCCUGGCGGCACUGGCCAGCCGAGGCAGGUCACCCGUGCAGCGGGCGCUGCCCCCCGGCCUGCAGGCGGGCUGCCCCAACCUGGUCCUGUGCGGCCGGGCCGAGGUGCUGCUGGCCGCGCUGGCCGUGUACAUGCACAGCCCCGAGCAGCCCCUGCCCUCCUCCGACGAGGUGCUGCUCUGCGGCCCCGACACCCCCUUUGAGGACGUGGAGCUGCUGCUGCGCCGCUGCCUGGCGCCCGGCGCCCCGGGCCGCGGCCUCUACGCGCUGCUCUUCGCCGACCGGCUGAGCUUCGAGGUGAGCCGCCGGGCCGAGAUGCUCUUCCAGCAGCUGUGCUCGCGCCCGCACCGCGAGGACUUCCAGCUGGUGCUGCUGUGCGACGACCAGCACGAGCACAGCUACCUGCCUGCCGCCUUCGGCCGCGACAAGGCCCUCGUCACGCCCCGGCAGCCGCUGCCCGCCCUACAGGCCUACCUGGCACGCCAGCUCCAGGUGCCCGCGCACACGCCCGCUGUCUUCCACAGUGGCACCUGCGUCGGCCUGGUGACCUCGCAUCGCGCUGGAGUCGGAAAGUCUCUGUACGUGAGGAGACUGUAUGAGCAGCUGCGGCGGGAGGCAGGGGACACAGAUGUGCCCAUGAAGGUCGUCCGGCUGACUGGGCGCCGGGUGGACGAGCCCCGCGUGCUGGCCACACUCCUGCCCUUCCAGGAUGCCCGCUACCAGCAGGGGCCCAUGCUGGUGCACUUGGAUGUGACCUCGGCCGUGCUGGAGGGCACGGAGGAAUUCCUCUUCAAGCUCCUCGUCCUGCGCUGCCUGUCGGACGCCACAGGAAAAAUGUGGCUGCGAAACCCGCGGCACCUCUACGUAGUGGAGAUCCUGGAGGGCCCGGCGGCCCUAGGACAGCAGCUGGCGCGGCAGAACACAGGGGCGCCCCAGACCCUCUUCCUGGACGUCUUCCCCAAGGUCACCUGCAGGCCGCCCAAGGACGUGAUGGCCGUGGAGCCGAGUCCGGAGAGCAGCCCCAGGGAGCCCGGCAUGGACGUGGCCGAGUUCCGCAGUGAGACGUUCCAGAGACCUUACCAGUACCUCAGCCGCUUCUUCCACAGGCAGAGCCUGGACAACUUCCAGUACGUGGCGGGCACGGUGGAGGGCUCCCCCGGCCAGUGCCUGCAGCUCCUGCUCAUCCACUGCGGCCUGGCCAACCCCUCGUGGGCCGAGCUGCGCAACUUUGUGCAGUUCCUCAACGUCCAGCUCCGGGACUGCGAGCACUCGCUCUUCUGUGACCUCAACGUCACGGGGGACACGCUGAGGGGCUUCAAGGACUUCGUGGUGACCUUCAUGAUUCUCAUGGCCCGGGACUUCGCCACCCCCACCCUCCAGUCGUCCGACCAGAGCCCCGGCCAGCACGGCGCGUCCCUGGAGGGCGUCCGGGAGGAGGACCUGGCCCCCUUCUCUCUGCGGAAGCGCUGGGAGGCAGAGCCGCACCCCUACGCCUUCUUCAACAACGACCGCAUCACCAUGACCUUCAUCGGCUUCCACGUCCGCACCAACCAUGACGGCAGCGUGGACGCUGUCGACCCACGGACGGGGAACGUCCUCAAGAGGGCCAUCAUGAACCAGCGUCUGCUCCGGGGGCUGCAGAGCCAGCGCGUGCCCUUCAACCUGGACUUCGACGAGCUGCCCAGACACGAGAAGCUGGUGCGGCUCGGCCUGGCCUUGGGCAUCCCGUGGGCCAGCGACCCCGACGAGACAUACGAGCUGACCACCGACAACAUGCUGAAGAUCCUGGCCAUCGAGAUGCGCUUCCGCUGCGGCAUCCCGGUCAUCAUCAUGGGGGAGACGGGCUGCGGGAAGACCAGGCUGGUCAGGUUCCUGAGCGAGCUGCGGCGCGGCGGGGCAGACGCCGAGACGCUGCGGCUGGUCAAGGUGCACGGGGGCACCACGGCUGGCAUGAUCCACGAGCACGUCCGCCAGGCGCAGGCCCUGGCACUGCACAACAAGCGCACGCACCAGCUGGACACCAUCCUGUUCCUGGACGAGGCCAACACCUCGGAGGCCAUCAGCUGCAUCAAGGAGGUCCUGUGUGACCGCAUGGUGGACGGCUGGCCCUUGGCCCCCAACUCUGGCUUGCACAUCAUCGCCGCCUGCAACCCCUACCGGAAGCACACUCAGGAGACGAUCGAGCGCCUGGAGUCAGCGGGCUUGGGCUACCGGGUGCGUGCCGAGGAGACGGCUGAGAAGCUGGGCUCUGUGCCGCUGCGGCAGCUGGUCUACCGUGUGCACGCACUGCCGCCCAGCCUCGUCCCCCUGGUGUGGGACUUUGGGCAGCUGCAGGAAGCCACGGAGAAGCUCUACAUCCGGCAGAUUGUGCGGCAGCUGGCUGAGUCCGUUGCGCUUGGCGAGCUGCAGAUGAGGGUCAUCACCAACGUGCUGUCGGCCUCACAGGCCUUCCGGCGCAGCCCCGCAGGCGGACACGGCUGCGUGAGCCUCCGGGACGUGGAGCGCUGCGGGCGGGUCUUCACGUGGUUCCUGCAGCACAGCCAGGAGCUGCUGUGGCGCCUCGAGGCCUUCAAGCCCUCCUCGUGCAGGACGGGCGACAAGGCCGGCACCCCCGGCAGGGACCCCGUGAUCUGGUCACUGGUGCUGGCCAUGGCUGUGUGCUACCACGCCGGCCUGGAGGAGAAGGAGCCGUACUGGAGGGCCGUGUGCCGCCUGCUCCCCGCCCCAUACGACAGCAGCAGGGCCGUCCUGCAGGAGAUUGGCCGCGUGCAGGACCUGUUCCUGGAAGGCCUGGACCUGCGGAAGACCAUCGCCAAGAACCUGGCCCUGAAGGAGAACGUGUUCAUGAUGGUGCUCUGCAUCGAGCUGAAGAUCCCACUCUUCCUGGUGGGCAAGCCCGGCAGCUCCAAGUCGUUGGCCAAGGCCAUCGUGGCCGACGCCAUGCAGGGCCCGGCAGCCCCGUCCGAGCUCUUCCGCGGCCUGAAGCAGGCGCACCUGGUGUCCUUCCAGUGCAGCCCGCACUCCACCCCGCAGGGCAUCGUGGGCACCUUCCGCCAGUGCGCCCGCUUCCAGCAGGGCAAGGACCUGCGCCGCUAUGUGGCGGUGGUGGUACUGGACGAGGUGGGGCUGGCCGAGGACUCGCCCACCAUGCCCCUGAAGGCCCUGCACCCGCUGCUGGAGGAUGGCUGCAUCGAGGACGCACCUGCGCCCCACAAGAAGGUGGGCUUCAUCGGCAUCUCCAACUGGGCCCUGGACCCCGCCAAGAUGAACCGGGGCCUGUCCGUGUCCCGAGGGAGGCCCUCUGAGGAGGAGCUGGUGGACAGUGCCCAGGGCAUCUGCUCCUCCGAUCGGCUGGUGCAGGGCAAAAUCCAGGGCUAUUUCCCUCACUUUGCCCGGGCCUACGAGCAGGUGUGCCGGGCGCAGGACAGAGAAUUCUUUGGGCUCCGUGACUACUACAGCCUCAUCAAGAUGGUCUUUGCCGCGGCCAGGGCGGCCAACCAGGAGACCUUGCCGCAGGAGAUCACGCGCGCCGUGCUCCGGAACUUCAGCGGCAAGGACGACGUCGACGCCCUGGGGCUGUUCCGCGCACAGCUGCCCCUGGCUGGGCACGCUACCGACAUCAGCACCAUGCAGAUGAUCCGCGAGAAUGUGCUGGGCCCGAAGCGGGUGGCAGGGAGCAGCGUGGAUGAGCCGGACGCGCGUUACCUGCUGGUGCUCACCCGCAACUACGCAGCCCUCCCCAUCCUGCAGCAGGGCGUGUUCCGUGAGCACCGGGCCGAGAUCCUGUUCGGCUCCAGCUUCCCACGGGACCAGGAGUACAGCCAGAUCUGCCGGAACAUCAACCGUGUGAAGGUGUGCAUGGAGACAGGCCGCACGGUGCUGCUGCUCAACCUGCAGAACCUCUACGAGAGCCUGUACGACGCGCUCAACCAGUACUACGUGCACCUGGGCGGGCAGAAGUACGUGGACCUGGGGCUGGGCACGCACCGUGUCAAGUGCCGCGUGCAUCCUGACUUCCGCCUGGUGGUCAUCGAGGAGAAGGAGGUCGUGUACCGGCUCUUCCCCAUCCCGCUCAUCAACCGCCUGGAGAAGCACUACCUGGACCUGCACACGGUGCUGGAGGCCUGGCAGCGACGCGUGGCCGAGGAGCUGCAGCGCUGGGCCCUCGACUUCGCCCACGUGCCCUCGGAGCAGCGGGCCGGGCCGCAGUACAGCCCCUCGGAUGUCUUCGUGGGCUUCCACGCGGACGCGUGCGCUGCCGUGGUGCUGCAGGUGGCCGAGCAGCUGGGGGUGCGCACCUCUGACGACGACGACCUCUGCUGGCGGGUGUGUGAGGCUGCCAGGCUGGUGCUGCUGGACAGUGCCACGCCCGACGCCGUGGUGCGGCUGCCCACGUCGUCCCUGGACAGCUUUGCCGCCAAGGACUUGGCACGCGAGUACUACGAGAGGCAGCAGCACGACUCCUUGGCCAGCCUCCUGCAGGCGCAGCUGCUGGCCCUGGACCCCGCGCGCCCCACGGUCCUCACUGAGGUGACCACGUUCUCUAGGCUGCUGACCAGCCAUGACCUGGCAGAGCUGGCGUCUGAGGUCCAGGACUGGGCCCCGAGGAUCCAGCUCCUGUCCCUGCAGCUGUUUGACACCGAGUGCUCCUUCCUCAAAGAAGUGCGCGCCUGCCUGUGCUCCGGGGCCCAGCACACCAUCCUCAUCAUCCAGACGGACUUCCAGGAGGCCCUGCACAGCGCCCAGCUCCUGGCCGCCGCCAAGUUCACAGUCAUGAACGAGGUCGGCGAGCUGCCAGGGACCCAGGGCCACGUGCUGGUCUAUUUCAUCACCAAGCUGUCCCGCAUGGGGGCCAGUUCCUGCUACGUGGGGUUUCAGGGUGGUCUGUGGCGGGCAGUGCAUCUGGAUGACCUGCGGAGGGCCACUGCCAUGGUCUCGGACAUCACCAAGCUGCAGGACGUGGCCCUCAGCCAGCUAUUUCAGCCAGAAGACUGGCCCCAGGAUGACAUGGAGCCGGAGCCUGCGGACGGCGCCCAGGAAGCCAUGGACACUGAGCCUGGCCUCCCAGUGGAGAUGGCGGAGGAGGUGGACAUGGAGAGUCCGGGGAGCGUGGAAGAGUCGCCGCAGCGGGCCAGGGGCCAGGUCCUCGACACCGUCCAGCUCCUGCGCAGCUGUGUCCAGGGCGCGGUGGGGCUCCUCCGAGACCCCCAGGAGGGCGGCCAGCGCAGCAUGCGGAGGGUGAACAUCCUGCUGGGCCUCUUGACCGAGGACUCCCCAUGGGCAGCCUCCUUCCUGCGGGUCCUCCAGCUGCGCCUGUGGCACCUUCUGAAGAAGCAGGAGGAGCUGACCCUGAGCCCCACCCAGUGGGUGGCACGCGUGGCCUCCAACCAGGAGGCGCUGCAGGAGGCUGGAACCUUCAGACUCACUCUCUGGAAGCGUGUCCAGGCUGCGGUGACGCCGCUGCUGGCCGACAUCCUGGCCAUCAUCGACCGAGAGAGCAACUUGGAGCUGCUGGUCAGGCCUGGAGUCCCCGGCUGGGCCCGGGAGCUCUGGAUGUUCAUCUUCAGAGACAUGAAGCUCCUGCACAUCCCUCUGGUGACGGGUGACUCCAGGGCCCGGGGCGAGACACCGUGUGUGCGGGUGCAGAGCUGCAUGCAGCUGCCAGGAGACGCCGCCAAUGCCGUGCCCUUCAGCUGGAGGAUCAAGGAGUACCUGGAGGAGCUGUGGGCGCAGGCGCAGUACAUCAGCGGUGCCCAAGGCCUGGCGGAGAAGCUGGUUCACGUCUUCCAGCAGACGCCUCUCGGCCGCUUCCUGGCACAGCUCGGGGACGGGCUGCAGCAGGAGCUGCUGGAGUCUUACUCGACGGACUUCCUGCUGAUGACCAUGAGAGUGUCCACGGGGGAAGAGCUGCAGUUCCUGCAGGUGGCCCUGAGGUCGUGCAUCAGGGAGCUGCGGGCAGGGCAGCCCCGGGAGGGACUGGCCUUGCCGUGGGUGCACCUCGCAUACCAGCACUUCCGGAGACGCCUGCAGAACCUCUCGAGAAUGCUGGCCGUCCAGCCCCAGAUCCUGCAGAGCCUCUCCCACAUUGCGGCGGCUGGGGAGAUGACGCUGGACGCCUGUGCAGCGCUGGCCUGUGUGGAGCUGCUGAGCACGCACCUGCUGCUGCCCAGCGCCCAGGCCUGGCUGCAGCUGCUGACGCGCCUCUCCACGCCCCUGGAGCUGCUCUGCUCUGACGCCUACCUGCAGGGCUGCGGCCCCGCCACCCAGGACGUGGCCAGGACAGUCAGGGCCCAGUGGAACCGCAUCCACUCGCUCGGCCUCUUCGUGGAGCACGUGGUCCUGGGCACCCAGAGCCAAGUCCCCGAGCUCAGCCAGCUGGUCACCCAGUACGUCGUCCAGCUCAACAAGUGUCUGGCGGAGGAUGCAGACGUCAGGCGCCCGCGGCCGUUCCAGGCAGUGAUGCGGACGCUGUGCGCGUGCAAGGAGGAGGCCGGCCGCGCCCUGUGCAGGUACGGGAUGCAGCCGUGCCCCGUCUGCCUGAGGGACGCGCAGGAGCCCGUGUGCCUGCCCUGCGACCACGUGUACUGCGAGCCAUGUAUCCGGACGUGGCUGGCCACUGGGAACCAGUGCUGCCCUCUCUGCGUCACCGCCCUGCCGGACAAGGUCCCGCUCCAGGUGUCCCCCCAGCACAGGGAGGCCAUUCGCAAGCACGCCCGCUUCCGGGACCUGUGCACUGGCUUCUUCCUGGACCUGGUGUCGGCCGUGUGCUUCCGGGACAACAUGCCGCCACACGCCGAGGUGGUGCAGGCGCUGCUGCUGCUGCUCUUCGCGGAGAAGCCGCAGCCCCGAGACCGGCCCCAGCGGAGCCGCCAGCACACCAAGGCUCUGUCCCCGUUUGACGACGUGGUGGACCAGAGCCCCGUCGUCCGCUCGGUGCUCCUGAAGCUGCUCCUGAAGUACAGCUUCCAUGAAGUGAAAGACUACCUCCAGAAUUACCUGUCCAUGCUGGAGAAAGGAGCAUUCGUCCUGGAAGAUAAGACCGAGCUAUACAUCCUGUUCAGUAACUGCCUGGAGGACUCCCUGCACGAGAAGACCAGCGCCCUUUCCCCGGCUGCCGCCGCGGAGCACCUGCGGGAGGAGACGCGUUUCCUUCAGAGCCUCGCGGAGGGCGGUGGGGCUGCGUGGGCGGCGUCGGUGGAGGGGCUGCAGGAGCUGGCGCGGCUGCGCCUGUGUCUGGACCGGGCGGCCGAGCUCCUGAUGGAGCCACAGGCGGGCACAGCGGUGCCCGACGAGCAGGGCAAGCGCCGGUUCCUGCAGCAGGCGGCCCGGCUCUGCCAGCGCGCCGGGAACGACUGGCUCCGCGUGUACCUGGUGCGCAGACUUGCCAGCCAGCACGGCCUAGAGGCCACGCAGCACCUGACCACGCACUGCCCGGCCGCCCAGUGGGUGCUGCCCGCGGGCGUCCAGCCUCAGCAGACGGACCAGCUGUGCCCCGUGGACGGCUUCCUGGUGUACGGCGAGGACUACAAGGCCGUCCGGGAGGCCGUGGGCAAGAGCGUGCUGGACGGGCAGCUACAGGCUGUGACGGCGGCACUGCAGGCCCGUGAGAAGGCCAGGACCCUGCAGGCUGCCCACCUGCUCCUGGCACUCUUCAGAGAGGUCAGCGCCGCCCAACAGCCCGAGCUCCAGCACAUGGACAAGUACGUCCGAGACAGUGAGGUCCUGUCUGCUCCCGCCCUCAAACAAUUCGCCACCUCCCUGGUGACCAACACCCUCCGGCUGCUGCCGGCCGGCCUGGAGGGGAGCGUGGUGGACAUGGCCGUGCACGCCGCCGUCGUGCUGCUGUGUGGACAGAGCCCAGAGCUGGAGCCGCUGCGGAACCUGGCCUUCACCCCGGCUGCCAUGGCGGAGGCGUUUCUCCCCACCAUGCCCGAGGACCUGAUGACACAGGCCCGGCACUGGCAGGGUCUGGAGGCGGUGCACUGGUAUGUGUGCCCCAACGGCCACCCGUGCUCCAUUGGGGAGUGCGGCAUGCCCAUGGAGGAGAGCUUCUGUGUGGACUGCCGGGCUCCCAUCGGAGGUCGAGGUCACAGGCCCCGGGAGGGCUUCCACAAAGUCACAGACGAGACAGACAGGACACAGACGGGCCACGUGCUGGGAGAGCCACUGCCCCAAGACCAGCCCAUCGUGUCCGACCGGGAGCUGCCCCCGGUGCCCUUCCUGCUGCUCCGCCUGCUCACGCACUUGGCUUUGCUGCUGGGCGCCACCCGCAGCCCCCAGGAUGUGGGGCGCAUCAUCAAGCCGCCCGUCAGGGACCCCGUGGGUUUCCUGCAGCGGCAUCUGCGGAGUGACCUGGAGCAGCUGGUGAGGACGCUGGGCAGGACCAAGGACGACUCAGCCAACACCGUACACCUGGCGCUGCGCUGCCUCCUCCGAGCGCCCAGCGGGGACCAGAACCCCCGUCACGCUGCUCCCCAGCUGCCCUCCAGAGAAGCGAGGAACCUCUGGGAGAAGCGAGUGGGCCGCCUGCUGCUCGGGGAGCUGGAGCACCUGGACCAGUCCCUCCUGGCGCUCAACGAGCUCAUCAGCCGGGAUGAGCGCAUCGGCUCCAGCCCCGUGGCCAAGAUCGUGUUUGGGGACCCCGCAACCUUCCUGCCACACCUGCCGCGGGACAGCGGGCUGCACUGCUCCCGCAUGUGGCGUUGCAGGAGGAGGCUGGGCGUGGCGCACCUGCGGCACCUGCUGGAGCAGAAGAACGGCCGGGAGAGCGUGCCUGUGCUCUGCCACUUCCUGCAGCACGAAGCAGAGCUGAGACUGGUGAAAUUCCUGCCCGAGAUUCUGGCCCUGCAGAAAAGUCUGGUGAAACAGUUCCAGGAUGUUUCAGAAGUGCACUACCGCACCAUGGACGAUUUCAUCAACAGUCAGAAGUCAGAGGGGCUGAAGCAGCAGUUCCGAGACCAAGUUGGUGUCUUCCUGUCCACGUGGAACAAGCUGAGACGUUCCCUGCAGACCAAUGGGGAGAUCAAGCUGCCCACCCAGUACUGCAGUGAGGACCUGGACCUGCAGUCGCCGUUCGAGAUCCUUCUGCCUCGACGCCGGGGCCUGGGCCUCUGCUCCACGGCCCUGGCCAGCUACCUCAUCAGCCUGCACAACGCCGCCAUCUACAAGGUGGACACGGUGUCCCCGGAAGCCAGCAGCUACACCGUGGACGCGUCGGAGGUCAGCGACCUGCACGUCAUCAGCUACGAGCUGGAGCGCGACCUGCACCCGCUGAUCCUCUCGUGCUGCCAGUACAGCGUGGAGCAGGGCGCCGAGGCGCUGCUGGACGUGGACCUGGACAAGCUGCAGCGCCAGCUGCUGGGCCGCUUCCUCCAGGGAAAGCCCAGGGUCACGCUCAAGGGGCUCCCCACACUGGUGUGCAGGCGGGACUGGAACUACGAGCACCUCUUCAGGGCCAUCAGGAGCAAGAUGGCCCAGAGUCCCCUUGGGCAUGCAGCCAGGGACGCCAUUGGUGGGCAGCUGCUGUCCUACAGCGACGCCUGUGAGGCCCUGUCAGUGGUUGAGGUCACCCUGGGCUUCCUGAGUGCGGGCGGUGGUGACCCUGACAUGCCCCUGAGCACGUAUGUCCACGACGCACUGCGCAUGAGGGACCAGACCCCACAGGUGCUGGAGGCCCUGGGCAGGUGCCAGCUCCGUCACGCAGUCGCCCUCUGGCAAUUCCUGUCAGCUCACAGGUCGGAGCAGCUGCUGCGCCUGCGCAGGGAGCCCUUUGGGGACAUCAGCCCCGAGUACAGGGAGGAGCUGAGCGCCGGGAACGCCAAGCUCCUCCAGGCCUUCCUGAACCGGGCCAGCCUGGACGCCUUCCUGCUGGAGCUGCACGACAUGAUUGUCCUCAAGCUGAAGACCCCCGAGUGGACGCCGAACUGGAGCCUGCGCGAGACCCUGGCGAGCUACCUGGACCCCCAGGAGAGCGAGGCGCUGCCCGAGCUGGACGCCCAGUUCCCCGAGGAGAUCCCGCUGGCCAGCUGCGUGGCCGUGUGGAAGGCGGCCGCCCAGCUCAAAUGGAACCGCCAGGCCAGAUAGCCGUGUGGACGCGCUCCCCUCGGAGACCCCGUGCCACUGCCCCGCUGCCCUGCUGUGGGACGGCUCCUCCUCAGCAGGCCCUACAGUGCCUUCGGGGGCAGUGGCAGGCCCUGGCCCCGGCCCCUCCCGACUCUGCUGACCUCGGGCUCGGGCCCGUGGCCUGCCCCACUCGCCGCCCUCUGGGCACGGCCACACUGUGGCAGGAAGUGGUCCUGGGGGUCUCGCUGGGGGCGUCUGGUCACCACGUCUUCAGAGCUCGUCCUCCCUGUGGGACUCGGAGAGAGGACAGCUGGUGGCAUUCGGGAAGAGGGACGCGCCAGGCCCUCGUGGCUCCUCUCCUUCAACUCCUCGUCCCCAGCAGCCUGGAGGCGGCCAUCUGGCCCCGAGUGCCCGUCCUGGAGGGCCCCGCCUAGUGGGUCAGACCCCAGGGCCGAGCACCCCCACAUUCUCCUCCAGGGUCACUGCCUGUGCCCACGAGAGGCACCCUGCCACUCUGACCUCCGCCGCUGUGCCGCCCCCAACUUGCCCUCCAAGCCAAUACCUCAACCUGGGGUGCCGCUGGGCCUCGGGUGCUGCCUGCAUCGGGCGGGGGGGGGGGUCAAGCCUUUCUUGAAGCCUUUUCUCGGGGUGGGAGGCCUCCGGUGAGGCCGCCUCGUUCCUGUCUGAAUAAACUUGACUCUGCACUGCAGCAGCCUGUCCUGAGUCGGGAGGUGCUGGGGGCCAAGCUGGGCGUCACUGUCCACUGUCCACAGGACCCCGAGCCGGUCACACACAAACAUGAAUAACUGUGUCACAGAUGCCUGUUCUCUGGGGACACCUCGGGGCCCCAGCGCAGCCGCGAGCCGGGAGGGCCCGGAGACUGUCUAAGGCCAGUGGCUCCCAGCAGGCCCUGGGGGCAGGAAGAGCCCACUGGGGCGGGGCACUGCAGCCCAGCCUGUGGCAGGGAACCCCGAAACCUGGUGGGGAGGUGGGGUGCAACUCCCCAGGGUGCAGUUCUGGCCCACCACGUGGUGCUGUCCUAGUUCCAGGCGCCACCCCCUCCCUGGCCUGUGGUGCCACCAGGAGGGUAGGGCUCCCUGAACGACUCCCCAGUGGGGGGGGGGGCUCGCAGCACGGGCCAGCUGAGACCCCAGCGGGAGGGGGGCCUUCCCCAGCUCCUCCCGAGAAGCAUUUCCUGGGGACGCUGAGGGGCAGUGGCAGGCAGGCGUGUCCCCGCGGAGUGGGGCGGCA